AUGACGAAAUAUGAGUGUUACUUCGACAGUGCCUUGCACAUUAUCAAAGGUGCGGCCUGCAUAGCCUUCUCCAUCCCUGUUGGCAGGACCACUAAAUCGAUCGUUAGAAAGAGCACGACCGCAGGGGUCAUGACUCUUUGCAGUGUCCUUAAUCAGCCUACGGAUUCACAAUAUACCUUGUUUAAACAGCUCAUCACACAAAAGAUAGAUGAAAAUAGCAAGUUCAGAGCUCUUCUAGUCGAUCGAGCUAUCGCUGAAUCGGUCUACGGAGACAGCAUUUAUGAUGCGCGACCUGUACCGUCGAACGUAGAACGAUUACGUCUAGUUGCUCUAGAAGAAUGGAAUAUUAAUGCCAGUACCAAGGCUGUUGUAAGAACAACUGGACAAGUCGGUCAGAUUGAUAUUGAGAAGUUGACCUACAAAGGAGAUAGUCAAACUCUACUCAUUAGUUUCGUGGUACAGCCAACAUCCGACACACCGGACAUACUGACGGAGGCAGAAACAAUCAUAACUCCGGAUGAGUGCCCACCCAAGUUUAUGGUAUUGCCUCCCGGCGAGGUGGAUUUGCAGAACGAUAGUUUUGUUGAGCUCUUCGGUCUGGAGCGUAACACAAAUGCCGCAAACACAGCCAAUGAGAUAGACUAUGAGAAAUUGAUUCGAGAGUUUGGAUGCCAAAAGAUUACCAAAGAACAGCUUGAUCGUAUGGAACGACUUAUCAAAAGGCCGGUUCACCCGUAUCUAAGGCGUGGCCUCUUCUUCUCACACCGUGGACUUGAUCAGUUGCUCGAUGCCUACGAACAGGGACUCCCUUUCUUCAUAUACACAGGAAGGGGGCCGUCCACUGGUGCCUUGCACCUAGGUCAUCUGGUUCCAUUCUUGUUCACGAGGUGGCUGCAGGAAGUCUUCCAGGCGCCUGUCGUGAUCAUGAUGUCUGACGACGAAAAAUUCCUAUUCAGGGAAGAGCUAGAGUAUGAUGCUGUCAGGCAUAUGGCUCGAGAGAAUGCACGUGAUAUCAUAUCUUGUGGAUUUGAUUCCAAUCUGACGUUCAUAUACCGUAACACCGACUACAUUAGUGACCUCUACGGUAUAUCGCUUAAGAUGCAGAAGAAGACUACAUUUAACCAAGUAAAAGGCAUCUUCGGUUUCAACCUAUCGUCCAACAUUGGUAGUAUAGCUUACCCUGCAAUAGAGGGUGCUGCUGCUUUUUGCCAAGCGUACCCAAAGCUAUUCGGUCACCGAAGCGAUAUGCUCUGUCUUGUCCCUCAGGGCAUUGACCAGGAUCCCUUUUUCAGGAUGACUCGUGACCUUGCUCCUAGGCUCGGAUACCUCAAACCUAUAUCGAUACAUUCCAAAUUCAUCCCCUCGUUGCUUGGAGUCACGCAGAAGAUGAGUUCCAGCAUUGAGGGUUCUGCGAUAUUCGUCACCGAUACUCCGGAAAUGAUACGUAGCAAGAUCCACAAGUACGCUUUCAGCGGCGGUCGUGAUACUGCUGAAGAGCACCGCAGGUUGGGUGCGAACCUAGAUGUCGACGUGUCAUACCAUUAUCUGACGUUUCUCCUCGACGACGAAGCGAAACUCCAAGAUAUCGCCACCAAAUACAAGGCAGGGGAGAUUAUGUCGUCUGCUGUCAAGGACACUUUAGUGGAAGUGGUGUGUGGAAUCGUGAAUGACUACAAGAUGCGUCGUGAGAAAGUUACAGAUGAGGUUCUUGAGACCUUUAUGGACCCUAACCGAGAGUGUUUCAAACGUUUUAGAAAACAUUGA